GCAACAGCGCAGCACGCAACAGGGGACAUCUAGCAACAAUGGGCGCCAACGGCCAGGCAGUGCAGACCAUGAACAAGAAGAAGGUGAAGCUUCUCAGCAAGAAGCGCGCCGAAGUUCGUAAUCAGAAGAAGGUGGCAGUGCUGCAGAAGGGUAAGCGUACAGUGCUACGCAAACACCGGCCAUCCAAGAAGAAACAGCAGAAGGACGCCAAGCGCCACCGCAUCUUCGUUGAGGCCGAAAAGUCCAAGCUGCUUAAAAGUGGUCUGAUCACCAAGGAGGAUAUUGAGAAGAUGGAGGCCGAGAAGGGCGACGACGAGGCAGACACCACCAUGGACGUAGAGGAGUAAUUGGUAACUGUAUACAUGACUUUUUUUGCUAUAUAAUAUGUUUUGC